CCUUUCGCCUCGCAGCGUCACCCCGGCCGUCUCCGGAAUCCAGCAAGCCGUGAGGUCGACUGUUGUUGCUCCUCAGCAGCAGCAGCGCAGAGGAUACCAUGAGAAAGUGUUGGACCACUACUCCAACCCAAGUAGGUAGCUUCCUGCAUCCAUCCCUCGACAAGAUGUCAUCGCAUCAACAUAUACAGCACGCAGCGCAUUCAAAUCUCGCCCACCAGACAUAUAAACACGAACAAAAUGCGGAAAUGAAUACUAACGAGCAUCCUAUAGGAAACGUCGGCUCCAUGGCCAAGUCUAUGGACGUUGGUACCGGUCUCGUCGGCGCCCCGGCCUGUGGCGAUGUCAUGAAGCUCCAGAUCCGCGUCGACAAGGACAGCAACAAGAUCAGCGACGUCAAGUUCAAGACUUUCGGUUGCGGUAGCGCUAUUGCCAGCUCGAGUUAUCUGACUGAGUUGGUCCGCGGAAUGACCCUCGAUGAGGCCGCUAAGAUCCGUAACACUGAUAUCGCCAAGGAGCUGUGCUUGCCCCCUGUCAAGCUGCACUGCUCUAUGCUUGCCGAAGACGCCAUCAAGUCCGCCAUCUCGGAUUACUACACCAAGAACCCUCGCACCGUGAAGACCGAUCUGUCCGGCACGGGCGCCUCUAUCCCCGAGGUGCAGGUGGAGGUUGAGAAGACCAGCAGCGCUACUGCUUAAGUCUUUGAAGUGUUUUGCGAAGAGUGAAAAUUUUGAAAAAUGAAAAAAAAUACGGAGCAAAAAUGGAUACGGAUACGGAUACAGAUACCAUGAUUGAUUCCCUGGAGAGAAGAGCGAAGCAGAAUGAUACAAUGGAGAUGUGACUGUAUGAAUUUGGCCUGUGGUGGAAUGGAGUGGAAUGGUCUGGGCCGAAUAUGUGAUUCCCACAAAAUAACCUGUUGUUUGUCAGUCAGUCUGGAUGGACCUUUUUUCCUUUCCUUUAUUAAACGGUGUAUAGCAUUUCAUUAUUCUUCUUUUCUUCCUUUUCAUGACUCGUUUUACUCAAUGUUUGUUUCCGGCGAAGCAACUAAAGAAGGGAUUGAUUAUUCGGAUAUAUACAACAUCAACAUUAUCAAUCACAGUAGUACAAUACACAAGAAAAUGUACUCCUCUC